UUGCGUGGGGGACUGAUAGAUGUGGGUUUGUUGCUGCUUCUCCUCACACUAACAAUUACUUUACUUCGAUGUAAUUUUCUGCUUGUGUAUCUUGCAGAUUUUUUGCGGUUGCAUAACUGUCAGGUAGGUUAUUAUAAUGAUGUGCACGUUGCGAUUUUCUCCCCCCCUCCCAACAAAUCCAAUCACACCCUCCCCCAUCUCAAGUACAAUUACGUGAUGGGUGACGUUGGAGCAUGCGGAGGAGGGCGCUGGGCAGGGACCACUUGGACCUAAGAGGACUAAACGCUAUUUGGUUUCAGCACAGAAACAACGCACUGAAGGCAGCGGAGGACCAGGGCGCCGUGCUGAAGCCGAGCCCAUUGUCUCCUUCCAACACAGCGCACAGGGAGAGACGAGGAAGAAGAAGAAGAAGGGUUUGACAAAACAGCCGUGCAGCCCAGAGAGGAGUGUCCCAGUGGUUAUAGGCAUUGCGGGUUUGUAAGCCACAGAAACAAAAAGGGCCCUGGAAAGGUCUGACCAAUAACGGAAAAUGAAUCACAGUCAAGUUGUAAUAUGAACAAGAGCCGCGUUUUGUUGCAAUUGGCGAACAACUAUUGAUGCUUUUGCGCCGAUCGUUUUCCACACCAUCAGUUCGCGCGGACUUCUUUUGUUCGCAUCGCCUCAGUCCCAAAUUCUAGUCUGCAGAUCCGUGUUGCCGAUUCGCCAGAAGCUCCAGAAACAACAGAACUUAACAGAAUCCAAGAUGAAUUUCCAGUCGGGCGUUCCAGUGUCUGGUCUCUCGCAGCAGUCUCAGCCGGCCAUGCCCACUCCAGGCACGGUCCCGGUGGUAGUUCCCGUCCCAGUGCCCCAGUCCAUCCCGUCCCAGUUCGGAUCCGGAUCGUCUGCGAGCUCAGGGGCCGGACAGUUCGGCUCGGGGACUGUUUCAGGCCAGGCAACCCAGCCCGGGUCGGCGGGCUCGCAGUUUGUUUUGUCCAACUCUGCGGCCAUCAGGGCAGAGAUACACCGGUUUGAGUCUGUCCACCCGAACAUUUACGCCAUCUACGACCUGAUCGAGCGUAUAGAUGACCUGGCUCUGCAGAACCAGAUCCGGGAGCAUGUAAUCUCCAUUGAAGACUCAUUCGUCAACAGCCAGGAAUGGACAUUGAGUCGAUCAGUGCCAGAGCUGAAAGUGGGCAUUGUGGGAAAUCUGUCCAGUGGGAAGUCCGCCUUGGUCCACCGGUACUUGACAGGCACAUAUGUGCAGGAGGAGUCUCCUGAAGGUGGACGGUUCAAGAAAGAAAUCGUGGUUGAUGGACAGAGCUACCUACUUCUGAUCAGAGAUGAAGGAGGGCCUCCAGAGUUGCAGUUCGCCGCCUGGGUGGAUGCGGUGGUUUUCGUCUUCAGCCUGGAGGAUGAAAUCAGCUUCCAGACGGUCUACAAUUACUUCUUGCGCCUAUCCAGCUACAGGAACACAGCUGAGGUCCCCAUGGUCCUCGUUGGAACACAAGAUGCAAUUAGUGCUGCAAAUCCCAGAGUGAUCGACGACUCCCGGGCCAGAAAGCUGUCAAACGACCUGAAGCGCUGCACAUACUAUGAGACUUGCUCCACCUAUGGCCUGAAUGUGGAGAGAGUCUUCCAAGACGUUGCCCAGAAGGUUGUGGCCAUGAGGAAAAAGCAGCAGCUCUCGAUCGGUCCAUGCAAAUCUCUCCCAAACUCCCCCAGUCACUCAUCAGUCCCAGCUGCAUCUAUCCCCUCUGUUCACAUUAACCAGGCGGCCAAUGGUGGGGGUGCAUUCAGUGACUACUCCUCCUCCGUUCCCUCCACCCCCAGCAUAAGUCAGCGGGAGAUGCGCAUCGAGACCAUCGCUGCCUCCAACACACCCACGCCCAUCCGCAAGCAGUCAAAGCGCCGCUCCAACAUUUUCACAUCGCGGAAAGCCAGCGAACAAUCAAAGAGCGUUGACAGUAAAACAGACAGCAUAGGCAGUGGAAGGGCCAUACCUAUAAAACAGGGAAUCCUUCUGAAGCGAAGUGGCAAAUCCCUCAACAAGGAGUGGAAAAAGAAAUAUGUCACACUGUGUGAUAAUGGCGUCCUCACUUACCACCCCAGUUUACAUGACUACAUGCAGAAUGUGCAUGGGAAAGAGAUCGACCUGCUGAGGACAACAGUGAAGAUUCCUGGGAAGCGACCCCCUAGAGCGGUAGCCACUGUCGCCCCAACUGCUAGUCCCAAAACCAACGGGCUGACCAAGGAUCGCAGCACCUUGCAGCUGGGCAUAGGAAACACAGGGGCUCCUCACUCCAACAGCAGUUCGUCCCUCCAGACGGGCGCGUCAGUGUUUGGCAGCAGUAAAGAUGGCAUGCACCAACGCUCCUUCUCUGUGUCCAGCGCCGACCAGUGGAAUGAAGCCAUCAACACCAGUACAAGCAGCGGAGCUCCAAAUGGAAUGACUGAUCCUGCGAAUUCCAGUGUGGGCAGCGCCACGAGUCCAAAACUUGAGCCACCUCCUUCACCGCACGCCAAUCGCAAAAAACACAGACGGAAAAAGAGCACGGGCAUCACAAAACCAGACGGCUUAUCUGCAGGCAAUGAAGAACAAGAAGAUUCCUUUGAGUUCGUCAUCGUGUCAUUGACGGGUCAGACAUGGAACUUUGAAGCAUCCACGUACGAGGAGAGGGAACUGUGGGUCCAAGCCAUAGAGAGUCAGAUCUUCGCCAGCCUGCAGUCCUGUGAGAGCAUAAAGAACAAGUCUCGGUUAGGAAGCCAAAGUGAUGCAAUGGCCAUUCAGUCCAUACGAAACGUGAGGGGGAACAGCUUCUGUGUGGACUGUGAUGCACCUAAUCCAGACUGGGCCAGUCUGAACCUGGGCGCCCUGAUGUGCAUCGAGUGCUCCGGGAUCCACAGAAACUUGGGCACGCACUUAUCACGUGUCCGCUCCCUAGACCUGGACGACUGGCCGGUGGAGCUCAGCAUGGUGAUGACGGCCAUCGGUAAUGCCAUUGCCAACAGCGUGUGGGAAGGCGCUUUGGAGAACUACAACAAGCCAGGGAACGACUGCACCAGGGAAGAGAAGGAGCGCUGGAUCCGAGCCAAGUAUGAGCAGAAGCUGUUCCUGGUGGGACUGCCCCAGUCGGAUGUACCCCUGGGGCAGCAGCUGCUCCGGGCGGUGGUGGAGGACGACCUGAGGUUGGUAGUAGUGCUGCUGGCCCAUGGCACCAAGGAGGAGGUUAAUGAGACCUACGGGGAUGGAGAUGGACGCACCGCUCUGCACCUCUCUUGCGCGAUGGCUAACGUGGUCAUCACACAGCUGCUCAUCUGGUACGGAGUGGACGUGAAGAGCCGGGAUGCUCGCGGUCAGACUCCGCUGUCCUACGCUCGGCGAGCCGGCAGUCAGGAGUGUGCCGACAUCUUGCUUCAGCACGGUUGUCCCAACGAUUCGAGCAGUCUGACGUCCGUGCCAACGCCCAACAUGAGCCGCCGCAACCCAAACCCCAACCCCAACAUCAACAACAACAACGCUCAGUGUGAGCUGAACCGCAGCAUCAGCAUCAUGUAGGACCGGGAGACAGAGAAAUAAAUCCCUCUCCUUAACCGCUCCCCAUCUGUUCCCAGUACUUCUCUGUUUCACACUGUGUAACCCAGAAUCAGUACCAAUGUAGAGAUGUCAGCAGUGAUGGACUCAUUGUUUAUAUUUCAAUACGCCAAAAAAAGGCAUUUGUGGUUCGGACAUUGUACAUUGUUUGUUUUAUAUAAUUUUUUGUAUCUGUCUUGUGUGUUAAAUUCAUUCAGUCUUGGUCUGAAAUGAUCAUGAUCAGCUUUAAGCUUUUUGUUUUUUAAGCGUCAACCAAACAAAUGACUCUCUUUGGCAUUCAUACCUACCCCACGAAAAGCAUUUCCUUAAUGCUUGAACAUUUCCCUUUUUUAUGUCUUCCUCAUCUGCGACAUAAACCGAGUCUAUAAUGAGCAUGAAUGAAAAACUUCUUUUAAAUUUCCAAGCACAUAAAAACAUAAAAACUGUGAGGAAUAGUUUUACAAGUGAAAAAACAAUGAUGUGGGAAUGAAACUAAAUCUUCCAUGAUCUCGGUGUCUGUUGCAGCUUUAGUAAUGAUGCAUGUCUUCAACACAGCCAUCAAACUCUUGACAUACUAUUCGUAUACAAAGGCAAAGCAAUUAUACUUGAAGAGUCCAAAUGAUUUAGAUACUUAAUUCAUGGGAAAAUGGGUUCAGAUCAUCCAAAAGGAGUUGAUUGCUGAAUUCCUGUCUGGUGAAAGUGAGUCAUUUCCUUCGCCACCCUUAUUGUGAUGCUCCAGCAAAAGUGUCCAUGACUAUAAAGGAAUUAAGGGGCCUAAUGUUUUAUGACCAUCGAACUACAGAGCUUUGUAAUAGUGCCUCUUCAAUCAGAAUUCAUUCAAAUUCAGAGGUUUGAUUGAAACUGUGGAACUGCACCAUUAUGGUGUCUUUGUUGGAGUAAUUUUCCGAUUCACUAGAUUGUCUUGAUAAUUGUUUGACGUACAUUCACACAGUUUCAAACCAUAAACCCUACUGGAAUAUCUGAAAACGGUACUCCUGAGAGCAUUUUCUCUUUUGUUGCUGUGAAUUACAUAUACGGUGCUGUGUGUGUGCAUCCAUACAUAAAUGUAGGAUACGUGUUUGCUUAAGUCUUAGUCUGUAACUGUGUCCAGCAGAGAGAAACUGGGCAUUUGUAAUUAUGAACAUUGGAGAAAGGACACUGGAGAGAAGACACCUACAAUGAACAUUUAGGGACAUAACUGUGUUUUAAUGUACAGACCUCUGUAAAAAGUAGUCUUUGUUCCUUCACCUUAAUCCUUAUAAGAAAAGUACAGACUAACUCAGAUAGUUAGGGUUAAAAAAUAAACAACUUUUUCCUUAAACCUACGUGCCCUCGCCUGUCCUGUGAACCUGUCAGCCUAAAAGCAGGGAGCUAACAGACUGCAACCAAGUGACUGAAGAAGAAAGGCAACAUUUAGGGAUAACAUGAGCAAGGAGGGUUAUAGAGGGAAGUAUAUUUAGUUUAACUCUCUUUGCUUUAAUACAGAUGUACAGUAUUCAACAGACAUGAUAAGCCAAUGCAUUUGUAAAUUAAAUAGGACUUUAGCAAGAAUUUAAUUCAGGUGGACUUGGCACAAUGUCUACGGUGUAUUUUCCCUUUGUUCAACUGCCAUUAUUAAGCUUUUCAAAGUCUUGAUUUUAUGGGUUUAAAAAGGCAGGAUGUUUGUUUACAGAACAAGUUCUUAACUUGGUACCUUAUUCUGUUGUUUUCUUUACAGUAUUUCUGUUUUCAGAGCUCAUUGUGGUUGAACUUGUGGUUUAAAAGGGAUGUUUUUAAAACCAGGAGAUAGGGGAAUAGUUGGAAUAUUCUGGAAAUACAUUUAUUUGCAUUCUUGGUUGAUAGCACUCUGAUAUUUUUGUGUUCCAGACAGAAAAGGAGUAAUAACUAGCUUAGCCUAGCAAACGGUUAGCAUGAGUCAGUAAAAUGUUAUUUAUGUAACUUCCUCAAAAAAAACAAAUUCUCAUUUUUAAAUCAAAAUGUUCUUCAAAUUCAUCAAACAAGAGAAAUGAUUUUAAGUUUCAAGCAUGGAGUGGGUUUUGAACUGUGGUGAGCUAGGCUAACUAUCAACUUGUUUCCAGUCUUUAUGCUAGCAAAGCAAAGCUAAGUUAACCGCCUCUUCACUAGUGACAAGCUGAACACACGGACAUGAGACUAGUGUCUUUCUUCUUCUCUUGCUCUCAGGAACAAAGUGUUUCUUUUCUAAAAUAUCAAAGACGUUCUUUUCAGACAUCCCAAAACCUGCCCCAAAUUCAACCACAGUAGCUUCAUGUUUACUCGUACUGUACAGUGGUACUGGCCUUAUUUCUGACUUCUACUUGACCAACAACAUUUCAGUGUCCAUAAGGAUCACUGAGAGGAGUUUAUUGUGUAUAGGGCUUACCGGAACACUUAUUUACAUACUGUAGAUGCUGAAAAAAUACUAAAAACCCUGCCUGUUAUUUCCCUAAACUCAACAUGAAGUGUACAUAUUAGCUUAAUGCUUUUAUCUGAAGACGAGCUCCUCCUAGAGAAAGAAACUAAACUGGUUUUAGGUCAACAGUCCCUUUGACCCCAUGAACCAUAUUUUGGUAUGUUGUUUUUGGUUUUAUUCAGGCAUAUUUUUAAGGUACUUUGAGUUUGGUCUCCACAUUAACUGACCACCUUUGGUACUUGUGUAUAAUGAUGUACAUUUGACAUAUUUAUAAUGCAGUAUGUAAAUAUCUUUUGGUUUUAUGUUUUUAUGUUCAGUUAAUUUUCCUAUUGUAAUUCCUUUUACGUUCAGAACGUGAAACAAAGCAAAAGCUAAAGAGUAACUUGUUGUAUGCUUGGAUGCUUGGCUGACUGUUGACCUAUUAAUAAACACUCAAAUAAAACGACGUAGCCUUUCCCUGCAUUUAGGGGAAAUCAACACA